AUGAACAGUUAUCUUCAAAAUCUUUCGUUAAUGCAGGAGCUAGUAGACAAAUUGCCAGCCAACGUUCGCUUGGAUUGGGCACUGUACCAGCGUCAAAUUUUAUCACCGGAUCUAAGCACAUUUGGCGAAUUCAUGUCAUCUCUGGUGGCAGCGGUAAGCAGCGUGGUGACGCCUACUGGAAUGAGCGGUCAAAAGGAAUCGAAAGGACAUAAAGAGAAGGUGUAUGUUAACGUACAUGCGUUUGAUAGUGCGGAGUCAAAUACGCCAUCAACGUCCUCCGUCAACGAUUCAAGGCAACGUAUAGAAUGCGUAGUAUGCAACAAAGCGGAACACAAACCGAAAGAUUGUUUCGAAUUCCGAAAGUUGGACGUUAAUGCUCGCUGGAAAAUAGUUCAGGGAAAACACAUGUGUCGACGUUGCCUUAUUCCACACGGUAGACGCCCCUGCAAAUCCAAUGUUUGUGGAAUUGACGGCUGCGAAUAUCGACAUCAUAAGCUUCUUCAUAGCACGAAACUGAACGUAAAAUCAAAAUCAGUUGUGCCAGCCAAAACCUCUGGCACAGUUUCGAUUCAUAAAGAACAUGGAAAUUCAACUUUAUUUCGAUUAUUACCCGUAACUAUUCACGGAGAGAAAACAUCGAUAGAUACGUUCGCGUUCCUAGACGACGGAUCUGAGUUAACGUUAAUAGACGAUGAGUUGGUUCGUCAGCUUGAACUUUCUGGUCCUAUUGUCCCACUAUGUAUGCAAUGGACUGGUAAUGUGACGCGAUCAGAAAUGAAUUCGAAGCUCAUACAGCUUAAAAUCAGCGCGCGUGGGAGUAGUAAACUGUUUCCUUUAAAGGAUGUCCAUACAGUAGCAGAUUUAGAUCUACCAUCGCAAACGCUCGAAUUUGACAAAAUGCAAAAUGCAUACCCACAUUUGAAAGGGAUUCCGAUGCAAAACUACUGCAAUGCUAAACCUCGUUUGUUGAUAGGCUUGAACAAUGCAUCAUUGAACACAAGUCUGAAGGUAAGGGAAGGACGAAUUGAUGAUCCGGUAGCAGCGAAAACUAGGCUGGGCUGGUCAGUGUAUGGAAAUAAUAACAACCGUACGAUAAGCCGAGCACAACAUGUUCACGUCUGCAAACAAUAUUCCAGCGAAAGCCUGCAUCAAUUAGUGCAGAAUUUCUUUUCCUUAGAUGGAUGUGGAACAACAUCCAUAACAAUAAUCGAGUCCGACGAUGAUCAACGUGCCCGAAAGAUCCUCGUGCAAACAACAAAGCGUACAUCAACUGGUCGUUUUGAAACCGGAUUACUAUGGCGAUAUGAUGUGGUAGAAUUUCCGGAUAGCAGACCAAUGGCCGAGCGUCGACUAUAUUGUUUGGAGCGUCGACUAGCAGCUGACGUUGAUCUGUAUAACAUCGUUCGCAGUCAAAUCGCAGACUAUCAACGAAAGGGCUACGCCCAUAAGCUGACAGAGGACGAAUCAAAGAGAGUUGAUCCUCGCCUCGUAUUCUCGUAUCCUCGUAUCUGGUAUCUCCCACUUGGUGUUGUUGUAAACUCUAAAAAACCAGGUAAAGUUCGCAUAGUUUGGGAUGCAGCUGCUAAAGUUGCUAAUGUGUCCUUCAAUAGCAUGAUGCUGACAGGUCCAGACCUUCUCUCCUCUCUGCUAGGAGUGCUAUUUCGUUUUCGUCAACGUAGAAUAGCGGUAGCAGCGGAUAUAAAAGAAAUGUUUCACCAAAUCCAAAUUCAACAAGACGAUCGCUCUUCGCAACGGUUCCUAUGGAGAAAUUGUCCUACACUUCCAGUGGACAUUUUCGUCAUGGACGUGGCCAUAUUCGGUUCCAAAUGCUCACCUUGUAGUUCGCAAUACGUGAAAAAUAUAAAUGCCAAAGAAUAUGAACACAAAUAUCCGAGGGCAUCAGCUGCCAUCCAACAAAACCACUAUGUGGAUGACUACCUUGACAGUUUUGACACGGUAGUAGAGGCACUGCAGGUAUCGAAAGAGGUGAAGACAGUUCAUGCAAUGGCAGGGUUUGAGAUGCGCACUUGGCUGUCGAACUCCGAAGAAAUAACACGAAACAUCGGCGAUGCAACACACGAAGAUUCUAAAGAGUUUUUCAUCGAGAAAGAAAAUGAAUGCCAACGAGUGUUAGGGAUGGUAUGGUGGCCAGAAGAAGAUGUAUUCCGAUUCACCGUUAUACUUCGGGACGACCUUGAGAGACUCGCAGAAUCAGGAACGGUUCCAACGAAAAGAGAGCUUCUUCGAUUCGUUAUGAGUUUUUUCGACCCGUUAGGGUUGAUAGCCAUGUUUAUAAUACAUGGUAAAACUAUGCUUCAGGAUGUUUGGAAAUCUGGUAUCGAUUGGGACGAUAAAAUCACGCCCAAUAUCUACAAUCGCUGGUGCCGAUGGAUGACGUUGUUAGAGAAUUUAGCAACGAUUACAAUACCACGCUGCUAUUUCCCAGAGUAUGAUCCAUGUAGCUAUGACAGGUUAGAGUUGCACGUAUUUGCCGACGCGAGUGAAGCAGCUUACGCCUGCGUAGCCUACUUCAGAAUCACCGAUCGGGGACGAAUUCGAUGUAUGUUAGUAUCUUCUAAAAGUAAGGUGGCUCCUGUGAAAAGUCGCUUGCAGCGUUUAGAGCUGCAAGCAGCCGUUAUCGCUACACGAUUGGCCAAAACAAUAGCUUCAAACCUGACCAUAACAAAAAGGUACUUUUGGACCGAUUCCAGUACCGUGCUUUCAUGGAUCAGUUCCGAUCAUCGUCGUUACAGCCAGUAUGUUGCGUUCAGGAUAGGAGAAAUUCUCAGUGAGUCCAGCAUAGAGGAAUGGCGGUGGGUUCCAACCUCAAAGAAUGUUGCGGAUGAGGCCACAAAGUGGACUAAUGCUAAUUACAAUUCAUCUUCCCGUUGGUUCAAUGGCCCAGAGUUUUUGUAUGACGAUGAGAGUCUGUGGCCAACCCAGAAAAGAAAUAUAGAAACUUCGGAAGAGUUACGGACGGUUCAUUGUCCUCACGUCGAGGUGAUUUCUGCUCUUUUUGAUUUCUCUCGCUUUUCCAAAUACGAAAAACUAAGACGCACUGCAGCAUUCGUGCAUUAUUUUAUCAGAUGUUGCAGAAACAAGAGUAUAACUUCGAAUCAAGAAAAUAAAAGCAUUUCUAGGGAAGACUUACAAAGAGCCGAAGUCACUAUAUUCAGAGCAGUUCAAACAGAGUGCUAUUCAUCCGAGCUAGUAAAGUUGAUGAAGAACAUAGAGUUACCGUGGCACAAAAGGUUGUCGUUGGAAAAAAGCAGCGUCCUAUACAAACUCACUCCAUUUCUUGACGAACAUGGGGUCAUACGUUUUGAAAGUCGAAUCGACAAUGCAAUUUACAUAUCAUACAAUGCGAGAAAUCCGAUUAUUCUACCGAAAUCACACAUCGUAACGUGGUUGUUAGUGGAUUCUUACCACCGAAAACUUGGUCAUAGCAACAACGAAACAGUGGUGAAUGAAUUCCGACAAACAUUCUACGUAUCCAAUUUGAGAGCAUUAGUACGCAAAGUCUCGAGAGAAUGUGUUUGGUGCCGUGUGUACAAGAGUUCGCCGAAGAUUCCGAGGAUGGCUCCUUUACCUGUAGCCCGUUCAACUCCAUACGUAGGGUAA